GUUACAAAAAUUCAGUAAAAGAGAAAAGAAGAAGCAAAUAUUUUUUUUUCACAAAUGAUGUUGGUACAAUUGUCCAAAACUUAUUAAACACCAAUGAUAAAUUAGUUCGUCUAUGCUGUUUUGCUGUUCACUUAACCUAAAAAUCGGUUAAUAUAAAUAAAUAAUAAUAUUUUAAAUAUGUUCUUAAAGAAAAUACUGUGCACUAGGGGGGUACUUUUGAAAUCUUUAGAAUCCAUUUAUCUCCAAAAUCGAAAAUUAGGUUUAAUUCCCAUAGUAAUUGAACAAACAGGUCGAGGUGAACGGGCCUACGAUAUUUACUCUCGGUUAUUGAAGGAGAGGAUUAUAUGUUUAAUGGGACCUAUACACGAUGAAAUGAGUUCUUUAAUUGUUGCGCAGCUUUUGUUCCUUCAAUCAGAAUCAACAAGUAAACCAAUACAUAUGUAUAUAAACUCACCAGGAGGAAGUGUUACUGCUGGCUUGGGGAUUUACGACACAAUGCAAUAUAUUUUGCCACCAAUUGCGACGUGGUGUGUUGGCCAAGCAUGUAGCAUGGCAUCUCUUCUGUUAGCAGCUGGCUCUCCAGGAUUAAGGCAUUCGUUACCUAAUGCUAGGAUAAUGAUUCAUCAGCCUUCAGGUGGUGCUCAGGGUCAAGCAACAGAUAUUCAAAUCCAAGCUGAGGAAAUUAUUAAAAUAAAGAAGCAAAUUAACCAGUUAUAUGUGAGGCACACUGGUCUAGAAUUGGAAACAAUUGAAAAGAAUAUGGAGCGAGACAAAUUUAUGAGUGCAUCAGAGGCACAAGAUUUUGGUCUUAUUGAUAAGUGUACCAAAUAAAUAGCUGGAAAGCAACUUUUGUUUCUUUGGCGUUAAUGGUUUUUAAUGGGGUCCCAAGCAAUCAACGUCAAUGACAUUCAUGGGCGGUUGGUUUUUGUACCUUGAUAAUAAUGCCUUGAAGAGGACCCGAUCGAUUUUUUUUUACAGCGCACACAAGACAAUGACGGACAUAUUUGAUAACAAAACGCAGGAACCAAAAGUGUCUUCGAAUUGAGUCUAACGUCUUAUCAAUGCCAACACGACAUUGUUCGUCAAGGAAUAAUCGUAAUAAUCCUAACCUGCUGUGACGAGGAACAAAUGGUUUAGCAACGGUACCGUUGGUUAUGGGUAUUAGACAAUGGAGAAUAUUAUUUCCAGUAAUUUAAAAGCUUCUGGGCCUCAAUAUUACUCUGUUGUUCAACAUAAAACCAAUUGUCAUGUGCAGUCAAAUGUCGUGUCACUGUAGGGUUUCGCCUCGAGUAGUCAGUAGGUUUUUGUAUUGUGGUAAGGAGCAUCCUUUUUUGUAAACAAAGUCCUGUAAGUCCUGUAUGUAGACCCACCAACAAGCUACCAUAGGCAGAAUAACUUUUUUGUCAUAGUUGUUUUAAUUGCAUUGCAACCAGUCACCAAAGUAAAGUGAAUUCCUAGUAGAUAGACACGAAAGUACUUCACUGGAUUGACUAACGUCUCCAACUCUUAGCAGUCAUAUGGUUCUUCGUACUUCUUUGUCUUUUUACAGUAAUAUCCUAUAACGCGUACAUUCUCAUCAAAUUUUUUAAGUAACACGCCUCCCUAUCGAAUGCAACCAUGUAGGGAGUGCCGGAUCAAAUACAUUAAGAAGUGAAGUGAAGAAAAUGACUCAUUAGAACGGGUUAGCUUGGUUAUACACACUGUCUUGGUAGCAAAUUCUGGGAUAAACUUGCGAAAAUAACCUGCUAAAUUCAUCAGCUGUCGAGCAAGUUUAAUAUUGGUAGGUACAGGAGAUCUCACCAACACCUCAACUUUUCGCAAUCCAGGACAUACUCGAUUAAUUGAACUGAGGUGGCUUUGACUUGAUGAAAAUCCAUUUAUCAAAAUAAAUAAGAACUAAAAGUUCAGAUUUUCACGAAAUUAUAUAUUAUGACAUGACAAUUGUUUCGACAACACCGUGUCUUUAUCAAAUGUAAUAUUUACAAACUACCUGCUACUAUAUAUACCGAAAAAUGACGAUAAAACCUUAAUUAAUGUUGCUGCGAGAAUUUAAGUUAAUAAAGGAGAGGUAUAUA